AUGACUACAAAAUCUUCUUCUUCUUCUUCAGCUGUGAAUGUGGAAAAGCAGUCGUUAUCUUCAACAGAAGCGCCUUUAUUGUUCACCGCUAAAAGAAUGACUACCGGAGUAACCUUUUCCGGGACCCAGUUUGAGGUUCCCACAACUCAUGAUAUGCUUCAUGCAUUAUUCAAUCCGGGCAUUCGAAAAUCACAUUUGGAGAAAGCCAUUGUGGUUUCGCUAGCAAUGAACUUUGUAUUGUUUUACUUUUUGCCUUUAGGCUCAACUUUACAGCUUUCAUCAUUUGUAACGUUUUACUUGUUUUGGAGGUUUGCUUAUAACUUUGGUAUUGGGUACUUAUUACGUCAACAAUCGUUGAAUAACCAAUUGGUUAAAUGGGCUAAUAAUUUGGAUUUAUUUUCUAUCAAGAGUAGUAAAGAUCUGUCUCCAGCUUCACCUACUUUAAUUCAGAAAUUGGCUGCUUGGGAGUUGACUUCACAAAUGAAAGAUUAUCCUAAAUAUCCUGCUGAAUUCAAUACUUGGCUUUUGUUCCGUAAAUUGGUGGAUUUGAUUCUUAUGCAAGAUUUCGUCCUGUUUGUAUGUGUGUUCAUUCUGGCUAGUUGUUCGGAUAAUUUCCAAUUCAUAAACACUAAUCAACAAGGUAUUUGGUUGGUGGCUUCACGAUUAAUCAUAGGUACUGUGUUGAUUGUUUUCAAUUAUUGGGUCAAAAGCAAUGCUCAUUAUAUUAUUAAGGAUUAUGCCUGGUAUUGGGGUGAUUUCUUCUUCCGUCAAUUCAAUAAUGAAGAAUUGAUCUUUGAUGGAGUUUUUGAAAUGGUACCUCAUCCAAUGUAUUCUAUUGGAUAUAUCGGAUAUUACGGGUUUGCGUUAAUUGCCAAAAGUUAUACUGUUCUUAUGAUUGCCAUUGUUGGGCAUUUCCUUCAAAUGGUAUUCCUUCAUAUCAUUGAAAAUCCUCAUAUUGACCGUAUUUAUGGUCCAACAAGGAAUGAAUUGAAUUCUGUCAGAUUAUCCAAAUUUAAAGACUUGAAAUAUUUUGAUAACUUUACUCCUUUGGUAGGUUUACUUAAUUUUAACUUAUUCAGACCUUCCGAUGUGAUCAACUUAUUAUUGGUUGUUACUUAUGGUUUGGUGUUCCCAUUUGUUUCCAAAUCCACUUCAACUUUAUUCAAAUUGGCCAUUGCCACAAAGUUGAUCGAAUCUGUGGGUGUUGAUAUUGUCCUUUGGCUGCAACAUCAUUUUAAAUACUAUACUAAAUGGAUUUUAGCAAAUGAUAUUCCUUUAGAAAAGUCACUCAAUAAUUUCGCAAUAAUUUAUAAUACUUUGCUUAAUGUUUCUUAUGCCACAGUUUUUGGUCUUAAUUUAUGUCAAUGGUUGUCUGGUUCGCCCACCAAAUAUAUUGUGUUUCUGUCAUCUGAAUGGUUAUUUUUAAGAAUAUUGGUUGGUGGAUUCCUUAUUGCUACUCAAGUUUUAAUUAAUGUUUCAAUUAUUGAUUCAAUUGGAUAUUUUGGAUGGUUUUAUGGUGAUUUCUUUAUCCCAGCUCAUCAGAAUUUACUUACAAAAUGUGGUGUUUAUCGUUAUUUGAAUAACCCUGAACAGAUAUUUGGUGUUUGUGGGUUGAUGGGUACCUUUUUAAUAUUCCCAUCAUUUGAAAACUUUAUUCUUACUUUGAUUUGGGUUGUGAAUAACUUUGUCCGUUUCAACUUUAUUGAAAGAACCCACAUGAUUCAAGUUUAUGGUGAAUCCGCAGUUUCUACUGAUUCGGGUGUAACUAAAACAUUCAAGAAACAUUUAAUUCCUAACCUGGUUAGAAGAGGUUCUUCCCCUCUGACUUUUAGUAAUCCUACUACUAAUGGAGUACAAGGUAAAAGAAGAUCUACAUUUUCUGAAUCACUUGAUGUUUUCUUGAAGGAGCUCCGUAAAUCCAAAAACAAAUUAUCUAAUCAGAAUAUGAUUGAAAUAUCACAGAAUCUUAACUUUUCCAAUGGAGAUUACUCUAUUAAAUUGGAAUCACCAAUUUCAAUUAUUGGACAUCCAAUUACUAUUGAAUGGCAUUCACCUGAAGAAACACAUUCACCUUUAGAUUGGAUUGGAUUGUAUAAAGUCGUUCAGACUUCGUAUUCCAAGUACCAUACAUUAAUUCUGUCCCAAGGACGUUGGACAUAUCUUGAUAAAUCCAAGGGUACUUUUACCUUUAGUGGAUCGAAAUUAUUCUGGGAAGAAGGAAUAUAUGAAUUCCGGUACCAUUUGGAUGGGAAGCAUGACGUCACAUGUAUUUCAUCGCCAUUUGAGAUCAGAAAUGCUCAUAUCCAGAUUCAAGGGGAUUCAGAAGGAGCUUCAAGUCAAUCUGAAGAUGAAUCUGAAGACACAAUAGAAGUGAGAGUUGCCAAUGCCUUACAAAAGGAGAUUCUACAAUAUUUAGAAGCUUCUUCAGAGCUGAAAUCAUUUGAUAUUGAUGAGCCAAUCAAGUUCAACGAAGAUGAAGACGUUGUGAAAACACUUAAAUUGGUAAGUCGAUUGGUAAGUCAAUCCACUGGAAUCAAAUUGUCCCAUAAAUACUUUGCACAUCGUGUCGGUACGUUGACUACGCGGGAAUUGGCACGCAAGUUGAUUGAAAUGCAAAGAGUAUUGAAUAACUUGAGCGAGGACUUCAAUAAACGGUUGGAGUAA